AUGGAGCUGGAGGCGCUGCGGGCCCAGCUGGAGGGCGAGCAGCUCCACUGCCAGGAGCUGCAGCGCCUCUGGGCCGCAGAGCGACGUGAGCUGCAGGAGGCGGCACAGCGGGAGCGGCAGCUCCUGGCCGACCGACUGCAUUGUGCCUGGGAGAAGCAGCAGGCCCAGGAGGAGCAGCAGCUGAAGGAGUGGGAGCAGCGGCAGCGGGCGACAGAGACUCAGCAGCUGCUGCGCUGGAAGGAGGCCGAGCUGCACGCAACGCAGGAGCUGCUGGAGCGGGAGUGCGAUGUGGCCCAGCACGUGGCUCGCAAGCUGCAGCAGCUGCUGGCUGGGGUGCUGAGGAGCCCCCAUAAGAACAGCAGGGUGGCCUGCACCAUGCUGUCGGACAUCCUCAGCAAGCUGGCCUGGGCGAUGGACACCCCAGCACGUGGAAAGCCACAGAACGAACUGCUCCCAGGACAGAGAGGUGGGCCACCACCGUGCAGAGCAGGGCUCCAGUCAACUGCCUGUGAAGGACACUCACAUCCAGGUGCCAGAGAUGGCCAAGGAAGACCUGGGGCUCCCAGGCAGCACAAGCAGCGAGCUCUGCUGCUGCAACGAGCCCUGAGCAACCUGGAGAGGCAGUGCCAGGCCCUGCCGGCUGAGAACCACCUGCUGAGAGAGGGACGCUCUCCAGAAGCGUGCGAGGAACAGCAGAGGCUCCAGCAGGCUGCAGCCAAACUUAAAGUGCUCAGCAAUUGCCUGGAGGAGAAAUGCACGCAGCUCCAGGAGAUUGUGCAAAAGCAGAGGCCACACAGAAAUCCCAAACAGGAAUGCUCCAACCCACAGGAAGAGUUGGAGGAGUCAGAAAGGCGGCUGAUGGCAGUCUGCAGCCUGCAUUCUCGCGGACGAACAUCACCGCUAAUUCGAAGGUUCUUAGCUCGUCACAGCUACAAUCCUUUGGAGGGCCCUAAUGAGGACCCAGAAAACGAGCUUCCCCUGACUGCUGGACAGUACGUUUACAUCUUUGGAGACGUGGAUGAGGAUGGCUGGUUUCUGGGAGAGCUGACGGAUGGUACAAGAGGACUGGUCCCUUCCAAUCUGGUGGAAGAAGUUUCAGAUGAUGACCUGGAUACAACCAUGCCUCCAGAGCUUCGUGAUCUCCUGCUGGAUACCGAUGAUGAAGAGAGACUAGGCAGCAGGAGCGGUGGCAGAGAGUGAUGGUCACCAUCCAGAAACCUGUGUCUGCCUGCUGGCUGAGCCUGGGGGACGCAGAUUCCUCUCCACAAGACAGCAACAUCCCAUCAAAAUUCCACUUUUCUGGAUGAAGACUGCCUCCUGCUCCACUUGAUGUUCAAGUGGAGCAUGGUCCAUUAGCAGCAGGACCUUGAACAUUCAUCAGUUGUAUGACAGAGAAUUUACUACACUGGACUGGACUAAAACACACACACACACACACA